CGAAGACUGAGAAGAAAAAUAAAAAAUAAUAAGCAUCAGCCAUCGAGAUCCAAAUCCUCAGUUUCUUUUGUUCAUCUCUCUUCGUAUUGAUCAGCAGCUACUCUGAACUCCGGUAACGGAUUUGUACAAUCCCGGCGGCGAAUUUUUUUCAGGUUCCUCGUAAAGUUACCACCGGUGGACCAAGGGUCCAACCUCCUUUGAACAUCCCAAAUCAUGAAUCCGUUUUCUUCCGGUACUCGUCUAAGGGACAUGAUCCGUGCUAUAAGAGCUUGCAAAACAGCUGCAGAGGAGCGAGCUGUUGUGAGAAAAGAGUGUGCUGAUAUCCGAGCAUUGAUUAAUGAAGAUGAUCCACAUGAUAGGCACAGGAACCUUGCAAAACUCAUGUUUAUUCACAUGCUUGGUUACCCGACACACUUUGGUCAGAUGGAGUGCUUGAAACUUAUUGCAUCUCCUGGGUUUCCAGAGAAGAGGAUUGGAUACCUUGGCCUAAUGUUGCUUCUUGAUGAGAGACAAGAAGUGUUGAUGCUUGUCACCAAUUCAUUAAAACAAGAUCUUAAUCAUACGAACCAGUACGUUGUAGGUCUGGCUCUCUGUGCUUUAGGGAACAUUUGUUCAGCGGAAAUGGCUCGUGAUCUUGCGCCAGAAGUAGAAAGAUUAAUCCAGUUUCGUGACCCUAAUAUCCGAAAGAAGGCAGCGCUUUGCUCUACUAGAAUAGUAAGGAAAGUUCCAGAUCUUGCAGAAAACUUUGUUAACGCUGCUGCUUCCUUGCUUAAAGAAAAGCAUCAUGGGGUUCUUAUAACAGGAGUUCAACUUUGUUAUGAAUUAUGCUUGAUUAAUGACGAAGCCUUAGAGUACUUCAGAAAGAAAUGCACGGAGGGAGUGAUAAAAACUUUGAGGGAUAUUACUAAUAGUGCAUAUCAGCCUGAGUAUGAUGUUGCAGGGAUCACAGACCCUUUUCUUCACAUACGGUUACUCAGACUCCUGCGUGUUAUAGGCCAGGGUGACGCUGAUGCUAGUGAUUUGAUGACUGAUAUACUUGCCCAGGUGGCAACAAAAACUGAAUCAAACAAAAACGCAGGGAAUGCUGUACUCUAUGAGUGUGUUGAAACAAUCAUGGCCAUUGAAGACACCAGUAGUUUGCGUGUGCUGGCUAUCAAUAUCUUGGGAAGAUUCUUAUCAAACCGCGACAAUAACAUCAGAUAUGUUGCAUUAAACAUGCUGAUGAAAGCAAUCACUUUCGAUGAUCAAGCAGUGCAAAGACACAGAGUUACAGUUUUGGAAUGUGUUAAGGACCCAGAUGCUUCUGUUCGGAAAAGAGCUCUUGAGCUUGUCACUCUUUUGGUGAAUGAGAAUAAUGUCACACAACUGACGAAGGAACUAAUUGAUUAUUUGGAAAUCAGUGACGAAGAUUUUAAGGAAGAUCUUAGUGCAAAAAUUUGUUUUAUCGUUGAAAAGUUUUCUCCAGAAAAACUAUGGUACAUUGAUCAGAUGCUCAAGGUUCUGUGUGAGGUAUGGAUUCAAAUGCGAAACAUUUAUGCUCUGUUUUAA